CCCCUUGCAAAUUGAGACUCGAGACAUGGGUCUCAUCGAGAAGCCUAGCGAUCCGCAUGGGUUGACGCUCGAGGCAUGGGCUCAGGGCCUGAUGUUUGGCAGUCUAAUGACCAUGGCGUGUAUCACAAUUGCAAACAUGCGAAAGAGAGUCGUCCUCCAUCAUCUCAUCCUAAUAGAGGUUUGUAUACCAUAUAUCCCCACAUCGACUUCCCCAUUUUCUCCAGGCUGGGGAUGGCUCUGUGCGUCUGUGUCAUUCGGCCUCAUCGCGGUGCUAUAUAUCUCGGCUCUCGGCCUCCAUNUGAUCUUUGGUCUAUUCCAAGGAACGUUCAUUNUUCCCGACCCGCCAUACUAUGGAUGGUAUGAAUCUGUAGGAGCUCUGUUCCUCAACAUCAGUUGGAGUUUACACAAUGUCAUCUCAUGGAUGAAGAACAAGCCUUUCUUGAGUCGAAAAAUGUCCAUGGUCUAUAUCGGCACUGUUAUCAUGGUGCAGCCUUACUGGGUUGCCGAAAUCACUGCAAACUUCCUCUACUUCAACAACAUCAAUCACAAGGUCUUUGAACACCUCCGACCUUUCGAGGCCUUGUUCAGAGAUCCAUGGUGGAUAUUCACAAUCCUGAACCUCGUUUACAACAUCAAGAAGAGAUACGAUUUCGGCUUCGUUGAGCUCGUCCGCAUCUCUCCUCGCUUCGGUGUCCUUCUCGUGGUAAUGACCUUGUCGGUCAUGUUCCUCUUUGUCGAUAUCCUUAGCGUUACCCAUGUUAUCCCUAGCAAAGGAUUGCCUGACGGCAUCAACCCGUUCUGGAAACUGUCCUUCAUCUUCAAAUGCAUGACAGACACAGUCAUUCUCGACGACUUCAAGACAGCCCUGGAUAAGAUGAAGGACUACAGACUCAGGAGGGUCACGAGCUACGUGGGUACAUACGACAACGCCGAAAGAGGAUCUACAGAACCCAUCACCGUUCGCACAACCGUCACACAGCAUGAACACUACGAGAACAGGAUGGACUUCGACGAUAGCAGUAUGGUUGGAAAGGACUGGGCGACUCAUUCUCAUAUUGAACGAGUUGAGCUCGAGGAAGUCACGCCGCCGCCGCCAACAGUUCGCACACAGAUCGGU